CCGAGAGCCCGAGGUUGGUCAGUGUUGACAGAAGAGCAGCAUGAGACCCUUCCCUGCUCGGAUCAUGCAAGCAUGGGGAUAUUUGGAGAAAAAGACAGUUUGACAGCUCACCCGAAGAAAAGAAACAUGUGGAGGACCCUAGCACUGUCACUGAUAGUUGCACUGGUAUUGGGCACAGAGGUGUCCCAGUCUGAGGAUGUGGGGUCAGUGGUGGCUGUGGAAAGCGUGGAGUUUGAGGAGGAGGAGAAUUACAGUGACAUUUCCACCGUACUAGGAGAAUCCCGACCCCAAAUCUUGGCUGCUCAGUUUGAGUGCUACCUGAAGAUAAUCCAUGACCCGCCACGUCUAGAAGAAGGUUCUUACUGCAACCGUACGUGGGAUGGCUGGCUGUGCUGGGGGGAUUCAUCUCCAGGGACUGUCAUGCAGAUGUGUCCUGAAUACUUUGCUGACUUUGACCCUGCUGAGAAGGUUACCAAAGUGUGUAAUCCUGGUGGCCAGUGGUUCCACCACCCAGAGAGCAACAGGGUCUGGACUAACUACACCCAGUGCCAGGCCCACACCAAGGACAAACUCAAGAUUGCCAUCAGUCUCUACUACCUGGCCAUGGUGGGUCACGGUCUGUCCAUUGUGUCCCUGAUCAUCUGUCUGAUCAUCUUCUCCUACUUCAAGAGUCUGAGCUGCCAGAGAAUCUCCCUCCACAAGAAUAUGUUUCUCUCCUUCAUCUUGAACUCCAUUAUUACUAUAAUAUGGCUCUCGCUCACUGCGGGCAAUAACCAAGCCAUAAAUGCCACCAACCCAGUGAUCUGUAAGGUCCUGGCUGUGCUGAAUCAGUAUACGUCUACUUCCAACUACUUCUGGAUGCUGUGUGAAGGCAUCUACCUCCACACGCUCAUCAUAGUGGCCGUCUUUGUCGGGGAACAGCAGCUCUUCUGGUACUAUGUCCUGGGAUGGGGUUUUCCCAUCGUUCCUGCCAUCACGUAUGCUGUGGCUCGUGGGCUCUUCUUUAACGACAAGUGUUGGAUCAGCUCAAACACACACCUGCUCUAUAUCACUCAUGGGCCAAUUCAAGCUGCACUGCUUGUUAACUUUUUCUUUCUCCUGAACAUCGUCCGCGUCCUAAUUACCAAGCUGAAAGACACCCACUGUGCUGAGUCCACAGCCUACAUGAAGGCGGUGAGAGCAACUCUCAUCCUCAUCCCCCUGCUGGGAGUCCAGUACAUCCUUUUCCCCUCGAGGCCAGAGGGACACAUCAGCCGGGCCAUCUACGAUUUCUUUGUAAAUGUCGUAAGCCACUUCCAGGGACUCCUAGUGGCAGUUAUAUUCUGUUUCUGCAAUGCUGAGGCCCAGACAGCGCUGCAGAGGAAGUGGGCUCAGUGGAAGUCUGCCUGGGGCAAAACCGGAUGGGGAGAAACACCUAUUACCAACAACCACUACCGCAAUUCCUCCAUUACCGAAACCAGCCGCGCCACCAUCAACUUGGAGCAGCCCACUGCUGUGCCUUCAGAAAACACAUUCGUGUUCCAGCAGAAAGCCAACGGGCAGCAGAAGAACAGCAAAACAUGCAGCAACGGGGAGGUGGACAUGAUCAACAAGUUGGAGACCACUGACAUCUGAGUGGAGGUGAUAGUUGUGGUGCCAAAUACACACACACACACACACACACACACACACACACACACACACUUAUAUGUAGACAGAAGACUAAAAAAAUCUGAAAAGCACUUAAAGAGCAUGUGAUGUUCAUACACAGACAUUUUUUGGACUCAUAUAAACUGAUGAGAAAUAAUCAUUAUAUCAUGGUGUCAUCCUGUAAUCUUAGUGUAGUCAUGGUUUUGUGUACAUGUGUUCUGUUGCUGGGAUGAAGUCCACUUAUGUAUUUCAGUAUUUUUUGUAGUUUUUAUAAUGUAUUUCCUGUUAAAGUUUAGAAAGAUGCCAAUCCCUGAACCUGCCAUUUUGAUAUCACAAAUGUAAAGCUGUGUGUUUGUGUAAUCUGCUGCCUUAUGAAGCCUCUGAAUGCUUUACCCCACACACCACUGUGACCAAUGAAUGUCAAAGCCCACUGAUGUGAUCUAUACGUUCUUUUACAUGCUUUUAUCUAAGACGGAUAAUAUAAUCAUCAAUGGUCUGCAGAAAGGCGGCAAGGAAAUAAAAAACGUUCAUGUUAACAGGAUGAAACAACAUAAUCACGGUUGCGAUUUCCUAAUGACAUAAAUCGGACUCAGAGGAAGUGUACAGUGGCCAGAGGGCUUCAACUACUUCACUGUGUAGAGCCUUUUGGACUCAAAGCCCUAAAAAAGGCAAAACACAGUUACUACAUAUUUGGUCAAAACUGUUUUUACAUGCCUUUUACCAAAUGAAAACCUGAGCUUAAACCCAAACUGUAGUAACCACAGUGUGGUUGUGUGUGCUCCACCAUGGCACAUAUUGCACUCUGUCACACAAAGACAGCACAUUAGCUAAAGUAAAAAAAGGUAGCUAAGGUAAGGCUAGCUAGUGAAAUAGCCUCAGCUAGCUAAACCUACAUUUAUUUACUGAUUUUUCUCGGCUGUUUUGUGUAACUGAAAAAUAUAGAUGAUAUAGAUAUUGAUGACAUCUGGUUACUUCACUUUGUUAUUCCGUGUAACUCAAUGAGACAGUAGUAAAAUCCAGUCAAGAUGGAGAAAAAAACGUUAAGCCAGCUAAAGUCCUGCUAACGGUCAUUUCAGCUUUUGAAUUCUAUGGUUUGGUGAGGUUCAGUUACCUUUAAAGGACAUGUUUCAAUGUUUUAAAUUGUAAAUGAAUACAAAUAUUAUUAGUAGGUGGACAGACAGGGUUAUGGUUAGCCGUUAGCCGUGGGUGGAGCUGAGUGAAGCAUGGUAACUGUAACCACCCGCCUGUCACUAUUCCCUUAAUUAUGCAUAACUUUAAGCCUUAAUAUAUUUUAAACCAAUGAGUCACCCACCAUACAGUUGACACGAGAAAGGAAUUUAGCCAUAGAGACCGAAACCGUUUUUUUGUACCGGGCUGUAAACAUGUUUAUUUCUGCUGUAAAGUUGGACAUUUUAAUAUUGGGGCUUAUGGAGUGUGACUCACUUCUGUAGCCAGCCUCAAGUGGCCGCUCAAGGCACUGCAGUUUUUGCCGUGUUGGCUUAACUUGCUAGCCACGGAGGUUGCUGCUCGCUUAAAAUGAGUCCGUUUUACUGUUUGCCAGCCGUUGCAGCUUUAAACCUUUUUGUCAACUUCACUGUUUCUGAAGUAUUGGCCUUUGUAGGACAUUAUGGUAUAGCUAAAAUUAGUUUAAAUGCUUUAUCCCCACAUUAUUGUAUUAUUGUAUUUUGUUAAAGUUGAUGGUCGCAAUGUAUGCUUACACAAAUAUUGCCAAUAUUUAUUUACUUUUAUGGCAAAUAAUCAGAGCUCAUUUGAAUGUGGAAUGUACUCUGACUUUAAUGAUUCAUACACACAGCUCAUGUAGUUCAGUAGGAGAUAAAACUGUGGCAAUCCAUUUCUCCAUAGCAUAACAUCCUGGCACGACAGCUAAACAUGUAUGUAAAGUAGUGUGCAGCGAAUUUUAAGCCUCAUCUGAUUUGAUCUGAUUUACUUCCUGGAACUAUAUUAUGUGCUAAACAUUACCGGCUCCACCUCUUCCCACUCUCUCCUCUGGUGCAUAGAUAAUGAAGAUGUGGAGUGCUGCAAUAAUUUCACUCAUACUGAAUCUCAGUCAUUUGGGCCAAUAAACAGCACACAUACAAUAGAUUUAAAAGCACUGUAGUGUGUGAAAUCAUGUAUGUAAGGAGUGUGAGGAGCUGUGUGUACUCCCUCUGACUUUGUUGCAAUUGUUUGUACAAUUGGUGGGAAAAAUGUUCCUUUAUCUAAUUUACUACAAUCUUCACUUUCUAUCAUGACAUACAUUUUAUUGUAAUACGGUGGGAAAUCUGAUGAAAACAAAGACAAGACAGAGCUACACAUUAAGAAUUCCAUUUUAAAAUGUGUCUGUGUCGGAUAUAGCUGUGGCAGAUUAGUUUAUAAAUUAGGAAUUAAUGUUUUUUUCCAUCUGCUAUUAACUCCCUCUUCAAUCAGCAUGGGAAAGAGACAAUUUCAUGUCUUUAUUACAGUAUUAUUAUAGUAUACUAUAUAUAUAUAUAGUAUACAAUAAUAGUAUAUAUAUAGUAUAUAGUAUGUAUCCUAUUGCUUUGUAAUAUUAGUCUGUUGUUUUUGUUGUGGCUGUUAAAAUAGGCUGUUUCCCUGUUUCUAAUGGUUUGUAUGGUUGUUACAAUGUCCUUUUUUUUUUCAAAUGCAUGAAUACAAUUUACUGCCACUUCACGGAGAUAUAAUUUAAUAGUUUUUCCAUUGCACAUGUACCGUGCUGUGUGUACACUGGCAGGCUACAGCAGCAGCACCUUUUCAGUUUCCACUGGAAUACUGAGCGAGUCUUAUGUUUGAAAGUGAGCUCAAAUGUGGUGUUCUUCCAGGAUGCACCCACACACAACGUACUGGUAACACAAAUGUUCCAGUGUGGAUACAGCAGGGUACACUGAUGCACGGGGAAUAAGACACUAUUGUGGUAAGAAAACAGCUGAGUAUGAGAAGGCUUUGUUAAAGAGCGGUGGUUCUCAACUCAUUCUGCACAGGGAUCCCACUCUGUAUACUUUUGCCAAUGCUGCCCAGUAGAGAAACAGCUGUCAUGGACAUAUUUGUAAAGAAAUUUGAGAAACAUUCCAAUAAAACGUAAAAAGAAAUGUUCAAUUCAAGCACAUUAUUGUAUAUAUAUAUUUUUAACACUGCCAUUUAUUUGUGGAAAUAAAGUUGUUUAAACAUAAA